CGGGCCGGCCGUGACCCGCGGGCGGGCAGCGCCGGCCGCGCCAUGACGGGAAAAUCGGUGCGGGACGUGGAGCGCUACCAGGCGGUGCUGGCCGGGCUGCUGGCCGAGGACGAGAACAAGUUCUGCGCCGACUGCCAGGCCAAAGGGCCACGAUGGGCAUCCUGGAAUCUUGGGGUGUUCAUCUGCAUCCGCUGUGCUGGGAUCCACAGGAACCUGGGAGUUCACAUAUCCAGGGUCAAAUCUGUCAACCUCGACCAGUGGACACAGGAACAGAUCCAGUGCGUGCAGGAGAUGGGGAAUGGCAAAGCCAAUCGUCUCUACGAAGCCUACCUGCCCGAGAACUUCCGGAGGCCCCAGACAGACCAAGCUGUGGAGAGUUUUAUCCGGGAUAAAUAUGAAAAGAAGAAAUACAUGGACAGAAGCAUCGACAUCAACGCCUUCAGGAAAGAAAAGGACGACAAAUGGAAAAGGACCAACGAGUCGGAAAGAAAACUGGAACCCAUCAUUUUUGAGAAGGUGAAAAUGCCUCAAAAGAAGGACGAAACGCAGCAAUCCAGGAAAAGUUCCCCCAAAUCUGAGCCAGUCAUGGACUUGCUGGGCCUGGACGCCCCGGUGACAGCGCCCGUCACCAACGGCCGGCCCUGCAGCCUGGAGAAGGACCUGGACCUCUUUGCAUCCGUGGGAUCCAGCUCAGACUCCUCCAGGAAGGUUGUUGGUUCCAUGCCAACCUCUGGAAGCGCCGGCUCCGUUCCCGAAAAUCUGAAUCUGUUCCCGGAGCCCGGAGGCAAAGGGGAGGAGGUGGGGAAGAAGCAGCUCUCCAAAGACUCCAUCCUGUCCCUGUACGGCUCCCAAACGUCCCAGGUGCCAGCACAAGGAGCGAUGUUCAUGGCGCCGGCUCAGCUGGGCUAUCCCGCCGCUCCCUACGCCGCCUUCCCGGGGGUGCCCCCUUCCAGCAGCAUGAUGGGGGGCUUGAUGGCCCCGUCCGUGGGCAUGCUGGCCCAGCCCGGGGCUGCUGGCAUGGUGGCACCCGUGGCCAUCCCAGCAGGCUACGUGGGCAACGUGCUGGGCGUUCCCAACGGGAUGAUGGGGACGCAGCAGCCCGGGUACGUGGCCGGGGUGGCCGCGGUGCCCCCGGCCGUGUACGGGGUGCAGCCAACGCAGCAGCUGCAGUGGAACCUCGCCCAGAUGACCCAGCAGAUGGCUGGGAUGAACUUCUAUGGAGCCAAUGGAAUGAUGGGCUAUGGACAGUCCAUGGGAGGAGGAGGAGGAGGAGGAGGAGGAGGAGGAGGAGCCCAGGGCAGCAACCCCUCCCUCAGCUCCCCGCUGUGGAAAUGAGCCCUCGCUCGCACGUGACCAUUUCUGCCUUUGUUCUGUUCUCCAGACCUGCUCCAUCAGACAUUCAGGGUUUUUUGCUUUCAGGUUUUGGGUGGGUGGUGGGGGGGGUGUGACCCAG